UCAUAACACUGAGCCAGUAACGUGUGUGGAGCUUAACACAAACAGAGCCUUUUCUUGAGAGAAUUCACUACACUACAAAGGAAUUUAAUAACAAAAUCAAUGCAUCCAGUCUACGAUUUAAUGAAGACGAUGAACCGAAGAUAUGCUGUGCUCCUUUCAGUAAUUAUCUGUCAAGUCCAUACCAUGUUGGCUCAGGACUGUCCCAGUAAGCAAGACCUACAGAACUCAAUACAACAGGCUCACAAACUGCUUUCAGCACAGGAAGCUUCAUACCUGCAGAGUCUACGCACUUUGAGGAAGAAACUGAACCUACUGCACGACAGCGUCGCACGCCGGCCCACUAAAGCACAGAACUCUACUUGUCCUGACCUAGAUACUCCAGUCAAUGGCAAAAAGCUGGGGAAGAUUCUGUUUCCUGGUCAUGAAGUUCACUUCCUGUGCGAUGAGGGCUUUGAGCUGGUGGGUUCAGAGACACGGCAGUGUAAAGAUUCACUCAGCUGGAGCGGUCAGCAGCCCGUCUGCAGAGAUAUCGACCAGUGUCUUUCAUCACCUUGUGCCAAUGGAGGAACGUGUACAGACGAGGUCAAUGGAUUUAGCUGUGUCUGCGCCAAGGGCUGGGCCGGACCCACCUGCCAGUCUCCAACACCAACAUUUUUUGUGACUUCAGCGAACACGUCUCCUGUCAGCACUGGAGCUGCGGCCGUGUCCUCCUUCCCUCUGACCCGUGCAUCUUCAGCGUCCAGGUGCAGUCAGGUUCAGGGGAUGACCCACUGCACCUGUGAGCCUGGAUUCACCAUCUCCAGCCGCGACAGCAGCGUCUGCACAGACAUCGAUGAGUGUAAGCUGUUCCACGAUGGGCCGGCCGGCCGUCUGUGUCUGCACGCGUGUGUUAAUACUGCUGGUGGGUACCGGUGCAGCUGCCCUGCUGGUUACAGCGUGACUCCUGACGGCCGGAACUGCAAAGAUAUGGAUGAGUGCAGCAGCAGAAGGCAGAACAACUGCACGCGCGAGCAGCUCUGCAUCAACACCUACGGAGGCUUCCAGUGCGUCAGAGUCCAGUGUCCGCAGAUACGGAACGCCACCUAUGUCAAAACCUCUCCAGUGCGCUGUGAGAGGAACCCGUGUCCCGUGGACAGCAGGACCUGCUCUCAGGCGCCAAACUCUGUGUCCUUCCACUACAUGUCUGUGGUGUCCAAGUUCUCCGCUCCACGCGUCCUGUUCCGCAUGUCGGCCGUCAGAAUGAUAGGAGACACCCUGCGCUUCGGGUUACUGGGCAGCCGAGGCCGGCGUCACUUCAGCGUGCAGCGCUCCGAUCGUCAGACGGGGGAACUGCUGCUGACCAGUCCUGUCCAGGGCCCAGCCACACUGGACGCAGAGCUGGAGAUGACUGAACUGGAGAGGAGGGAACUGCUGGGACGAUACAUCACCAAAAUUACCAUCUUUGUCUCACCAUAUGAGUUCUAGAGUUAAAUUAGAGAGGUUAAAGGCAGGGUAGCUGGUUUGGUUCAAAAACAUGUUUUGUUGUGUUGGUUGAAAGUCUCUUCUCAUCCUGACAGCAAUCACUAAGUUAUGUGCUGUAAAUGUAUUUAUCUUUAUU